AUGGCAAAAAUUGGAAUUGGCAUUGAUCUUGGGACAACCUAUUCUUGCGUUGGUGUCUUUCAGCAUGGCAAAGUUGAUAUCAUAGCUAAUGAAAUGGGUAAUCGAACAACUCCUAGUUAUGUUGCAUUUAAUGAUUCAGAAAGAUUAAUUGGAGAUGCAGCGAAGAACCAAGUUGCUGUAAAUGCAAAGAAUACAGUAUUUGAUGCAAAGCGUCUGAUUGGACGACGAUUUGAUGAUGAGAAAAUUCAAGCUGAUAUGAAGCAUUGGCCGUUUAAAGUAUACAAUGAUUGUGGAAAGCCUAAAAUUGAAAUUGAAUUUAAAGGAGAAGUUAAACGAUUUGCACCUGAAGAAGUCAGUUCUAUGGUCUUGACAAAAAUGAGAGAAAUUGCUGAAACUUAUCUUGGGAAGAAAAUUAAUGAUGCUUGUAUUACUGUUCCUGCAUAUUUUAAUGAUUCUCAACGUCAAGCAACCAAAGAUGCUGGAGCAAUUGCUGGUUUAAAUGUCUUAAGAAUCAUAAAUGAGCCGACAGCUGCAGCAUUAGCUUAUGGAUUGGAUAAAAACUUAAAAGGUGAAAGGAAUGUUCUUAUUUUUGAUCUUGGGGGAGGAACUUUUGAUGUCUCAAUUCUGACAAUUGAUGAAGGAUCACUCUUUGAAGUAAAAUCUACUGCUGGAGAUACUCAUUUGGGUGGAGAAGAUUUUGACAAUCGCUUAGUGACUCAUUUUGCUGAAGAAUUUAAACGAAAAUUUAAGAAAGAUUUAAGUGGAAAUGUGAGAGCUUUGAGACGUUUAAGAACAGCUUGUGAAAGAGCAAAGCGAACUUUGUCAUCGUCAACAGAAGCUUCUAUUGAAAUUGAUGCUUUACAUGAUGGAGUAGAUUUCUACUCAAAAAUUACUAGAGCAAGAUUUGAAGAAUUGAAUAUGGACUUAUUUAGAUCAACUUUAGAACCAGUUGAAAAGGCAUUGAAGGAUGCCAAACUUGAUAAAGGGAAAAUUGAUGAUGUUGUUCUUGUUGGUGGAUCUACUAGAAUUGUUAAGAUUCAAAAAAUGCUUCAAGAAUUUUUCUGUGGAAAGGCAUUAAAUCUUUCAAUUAAUCCUGAUGAAGCAGUUGCAUACGGAGCAGCAAUUCAAGCUGCUAUUUUAAUCGGAGACACUAGCUCACAAAUUCAAGAUGUUUUAUUAGUUGAUGUUACUCCAUUGUCUUUAGGCAUUGAAACUGCUGGUGGCGUCAUGACAAAAUUAGUUGAAAGAAAUUCAAGAAUUCCAUGUAAGCAGCAACAAACUUUCACUACUUACUCUGACAACCAGAAUGCUGUUACAAUUCAAGUAUUUGAGGGGGAAAGAGCAAUGACUAAAGAUAACAACUUGUUGGGAACCUUUGAUCUUACUGGCAUUCCGCCAGCAAAAAGAGGAGUUCCAAAAAUUGAAGUUACAUUUGAUCUUGAUGCUAACGGUAUCUUAAAUGUGUCAGCUAAGGACAGUUCUACAGGAAAGCAGGAAAAAAUUACAAUUAAGAAUGACAAAGGUCGUUUAUCAAAAGCUGAAAUUGAUCGUAUGUUAAAUGAUGCUGAGAAGUAUCGCGAGGAUGACGAAAAACAACAGAAGCGUAUUCAAGCAAGAAAUCAAUUGGAAAGUUACAUUUUUGGAUGCAAGCAAGCUGUUGAAGAUGCGGCAGCAGGAAAAUUAACUGAUAAUGAUAAGAAAGCUGUCCGUGAUAAAUGUACAACAGAAUUGUCAUGGCUUGAUGGAAAUACACUAGCCGAAAAGGAAGAAUUUGAUGAUCAUUUAAAGGAUACUCAAAAAGUGUGCUCACCAAUUAUGGCAAAAAUACACUCAAGUGGACAGCAGCAGCAACAAGGUGGCAAGCCAACAGUUGAAGAAGUAGAUUAA